AGGAACGUCCGGGGCCAGUGGGAGCGCAGGGGACGCCCGGGCAGGGAGCGACCGGUAAGGGACGGGCAACCGCCCUCCGGCGCCGCGGCCACGAGGACCCAGAAACCGCCCUGAAGCGAGAGGGAGGAGUGGACCUAGAUCCAAAGCAAGGUGCGCGGAAAUCCUUCGCGAUUCCCGGAUCUGAAGGCGUCGGAAGAUGAAGUCGUCCUCGGAUCCCGGGGCCCGGCGUCGCCGCUGACCCAGUCUUGGCGUUGGAGGCGGAGUGGGCAGACCCCGGGCCUGGCUCCGCGUAGCUUUGGAGAAAAGUCUGGCCACUGUGCAAACCUAGACAAGCUUCUUCUCCAUCCCACCUUCCAAAGAGGCCAUAAGAGUUCUUCAUGAGAAAAUGUCCCAAGUGAAGGCUGGAAUGCACCAGCCUUCAGGGAAGAAGGGGCCUGCUGAAAAGAGAGCUGGUGAACAAACAGCCCGGCCUGAGGAAGCAGGAUGCUCCUCUAUGUCCCACAGCGGGAAAUUUCAUACCUUGGCCCAGAAUCAGAUGCAAGAAUUGAGCCACCUGCAGCAGAAGGUGAGGAUUGGGAGAGUGGUCUCUUCCCUUCUCCUCCAGCAUGUCAAGAACACAGUCAAAACCUUUGAGGAGCUGCUCAGCAGCAAGAGCAUCGACCGCAGCACGGAGCUGUACUUCCAGGAGCAGCUGAGCAAGGGGAGACGGAUGGCAGAGAGCAUCGCCGAGAAAUUCAGCACGGAUGACUGCACAAAUACCAAGACUCAAACAAGACAGGCAUCUCUGACCCUCAGUAUCUUAAGGGAGAUCCAAAGGAAGCACGAAGUGCUGGAAGUCCUGGAGACCCAGCAGGAUGCCAGGUCCCAGAAUCAGCCCCAGAUCCACACCAGUAGUCCCACUCCACCACCUGAUGAGCAAAGAGCGCGUUCCUCAGUGACUGGAGCCAAUGUCAGCCUGGCGAUUCCUGCUGAUUCAGCUGUGUUGCUUAGCAACAAUUCAGGAGGCAGAUCUGCCCAGCCCUCCUAUCUUCAGAGUAGCACCACGCAGCCGAGUGGCACACCAGGACCUGGGCAUCAUGGCUGCAGCAGUCCAGGCGAAGAGAUGAGGCCUCAGAAAAUGAAUGCAUCCGGGGACUUAUCCUCCUUUUCCUCUUUGUAUCGGCCCAACUCCAAACCCUCUGGGUCCGACCUGCUGGAAAAGAAUCUUAUUGAGAUCCACACCCUGCGCCAGCGCCUGGAGGAAUCUGUCUGCAUCAAUGACCGGCUGAGGGAGAGGCUGGGACACGUGCUGAGCAGCACUGAGCAAGGGAAGAGUACUGCACAGCCAGCCCUGACCGUCUCACGUGCGCCCCCUCGUUCCUGUACACAGAGUCACUCCUCUGGCUCUGGUCAAGACAGCCUGUGACAUGAUGCCUGAAGGGUCUAGAAGAAUCUUCUCCAGAACUUUUCCAGCCACAUCUAACAGCAUUCUUGAGUGUAGAGUUGGAGGCAUCAGAUAUUACCUUUAAAUGAAUGGGUCAAAUUAAUAAAUUAUUAUUGUUUUCAUCUCUUUACUGAUUGCUAAUAAAGAAUAAAAUUUGUGUU